CGCAGGGCGGGCGGCGGGGGCGGCGGCGGCGGUGGCGGUAGAGGGGCGUCAGACUCGCCCCAGGGUCGGCGAGGGAGGCUGGCAGUCAGGAUAGACACACCGCGGCCAUGGGAGGCUUGAAGGACGAGCUGCUCAAGGCCAUCUGGCAUGCCUUCACCGCGCUGGACCUGGACCACAGCGGCAAGGUCUCCAAGUCCCAGCUCAAGGUCCUUUCUCAUAACCUGUGCACGGUGCUGAAGGUUCCACAUGACCCUGUUGCCCUUGAAGAGCACUUCAGGGAUGACGAUGAGGGGCCUGUCUCCAAUCAGGGCUACAUGCCGUAUUUAAACAAGUUCAUUUUGGAAAAGGUCCAAGACAACUUUGACAAGAUUGAGUUCAAUAGGAUGUGUUGGACCCUCUGUGUCAAAAAAAACCUCACCAAGAGCCCCUUGCUCAUUACAGAAGAAGAUGCAUUUAAAGUAUGGGUUAUUUUCAACUUUUUAUCUGAGGACAAGUAUCCAUUAAUUAUUGUGCCAGAAGAGAUUGAAUACCUGCUUAAGAAACUUACAGAAGCUAUGGGAGGAGGUUGGCAACAGGAACAAUUUGAGCAUUAUAAAAUCAACUUUGAUGACAGUAAAGAUGGUCUUUCUGUGUGGGAACUGAUUGAACUUAUUGGAAAUGGACAGUUUAGCAAAGGCAUGGAUCGGCAGACAGUGUCCAUGGCAAUUAAUGAAGUCUUUAAUGAGCUUAUAUUAGAUGUGUUGAAACAGGGUUACAUGAUGAAAAAAGGCCAUAGACGGAAAAACUGGACUGAACGCUGGUUUGUACUAAAACCCAAUAUAAUUUCUUAUUAUGUGGGUGAAGAUCUGAAAGAUAAGAAAGGAGACAUUCUCUUGGAUGAAAACUGCUGUGUGGAGUCCUUGCCUGACAAAGAUGGGAAGAAAUGCCUUUUUCUCAUAAAAUGUUUUGAUAAAACCUUUGAAAUCAGUGCCUCAGAUAAGAAGAAGAAACAGGAGUGGAUUCAGGCCAUUCACUCUACUAUCCAUCUGUUGAAGUUGGGCAGCCCCCCACCACAUAAAGAAGCCCGACAACGUCGGAAAGAACUCCGGAAGAAGCUGCUGGCUGAACAGGAGGAACUGGAGCGACAGAUGAAGGAGCUCCAGACUGCCAACGAAAAUAAGCAGCAGGAGCUGGAGACCGUGAGGAAGAAACUGGAAGAAGCAGCGUCUCGUGCAGCAGAAGAAGAAAAGAAACGCCUUCAGACUCAAGUGGAACUACAGGCGAGGUUCAGCACAGAGCUGGAGCGAGAGAAGCUUAUCAGACAGCAGAUGGAAGAACAGGUUGCUCAGAAGUCCUCUGAACUGGAACAGUAUUUGCAGCGAGUACAGGAGCUGGAAGACAUGUACCUAAAGCUGCAGGAGGCUCUCGAGGAUGAGAGACAGGCCCGGCAAGAUGAAGAGACUGUGCGGAAGCUUCAGGCCAGGUUGCUGGAGGAAGAGUCUUCCAAGAGGGCUGAACUGGAAAAGUGGCACCUGGAGCAGCAGCAGGCCAUUCAGACAACUGAAGCGGAGAAACAGGAGCUGGAGAAUCAGCGUGUCCUGAAAGAGCGGGCCCUUCAGGAAGCCAUGGAACAGCUGGAGCAACUUGAGCUAGAGCGGAAACAAGCGCUUGAGCAGUAUGAGGGAGUUAAGAAGAAGCUGGAGAUGGCAACUAGUAAGACCAAGAGCUGGAAGGACAAAGUGGCCCAGCAUGAAGGAUUAAUUCGAUUGAUAGAGCCAGGUUCAAAAAACCCUCACCUGAUCACUAACUGGGGCCCCGCAGCUUUCACCCAGGCAGAACUGGAAGAGAGAGAGAAGAACUGGAAAGGAAAGAAGAACACAGAGUGACCAAGUGACCCGAGCGACGAGCUGGCAGGAGUCCCGUCCAUUGUGCAGAUUCCAGGUGUAGCUGGAAAGCUUGAUGCUAAAGACAAAGGAACUGGCUUUGCUGCUUCUAACCAUUCUUUCUUCAGUGCCUUCUAUCAGGCCAAUAUACUAAGGAAGGCUUCUUAUUUAUCUUCCUGAAAAUAAGGGCUUACCUGAAAAAAAAAAAAGUUGACACUAU